GGGCAAUGUGGGACCCUCGUGGAGUAGAGGCUUGUGCAGCGGCGCUUGGCGGGGCGCUCUUCCUGCUGCUCUUCGCGCUGGGGAUACGCCAGCUGCUGAGGCAGAGGCGGCCGGUGGGAUUCCCUCCGGGGCCCAUGGGACUGCCGUUUAUCGGCAAUAUCUACUCCCUGGCCGCCUCUUCAGAGCUCCCUCAUGUCUACAUGAGAAAGCAAAGCCAGGUGUAUGGCGAGAUCUUCAGUUUAGAUCUUGGAGGUAUAUCAACCGUGGUUCUAAAUAGCUAUGAUGUAGUAAAGGAAUGCCUUGUUCAUCAAAGUGAAAUUUUUGCAGACAGACCUUGCCUUCCUUUAUUCAUGAAGAUGACAAAAAUGGGAGGCUUGCUCAACUCCAGAUAUAGCCGAGGAUGGGUUGAUCACCGAAGAUUAGCUGUAAAUAGCUUUCGCUAUUUUGGAUAUGGCCAAAAGUCUUUUGAAUCUAAGAUAUUAGAAGAAACCAAAUUUUUCAUUGAUGCUAUUGAAACAUAUAAAGGUAGACCUUUAGACCUUAAACAAUUAAUAACAAAAGCUGUUUCAAACAUAACCAACUUGAUCAUUUUUGGAGAACGAUUCACUUAUGAAGACACAGAUUUUCAACACAUGAUUGAGUUAUUUAGUGAAAACGUGGAACUGGCUGCCAGUGCCUCUGUCUUCCUGUAUAAUGCUUUUCCAUGGAUUGGCAUCUUACCUUUUGGAAAACACCAACAACUGUUCAGAAAUGCUGCUGUGGUCUACGAUUUUCUCUCCAGGCUUAUUGAAAAAGCUUCAGUCAAUAGAAAGCCUCAGUUACCUCAGCAUUUUGUUGAUGCUUACCUAGAUGAGAUAGAUCAAGGUAAAAAUGACCCAUCAUCUACUUUCUCCAAAGAAAACCUAGUUUUCUCAGUGGGUGAACUUAUCAUUGCUGGAACUGAAACUACAACCAAUGUUCUACAGUGGGCAGUUCUUUUCAUGGCUCUUUAUCCUAACAUCCAAGGACAAGUUCAGAAAGAGAUUGAUUUAAUUAUGGGCCCCAAUGGGAAGCCUUCUUGGGAUGACAAAGGCAAAAUGCCUUAUACUGAGGCAGUUUUGCAUGAAGUUUUAAGAUUUUGUAAUAUAGUUCCAUUAGGGAUUUUCCAUGCAACCUCUGAAGAUGCAGUUGUACGUGGCUAUUCCAUUCCUAAAGGCACAACAGUAAUUACAAAUCUUUAUUCUGUACACUUUGAUGAAAAGUACUGGAGAGACCCAGAAGUGUUCUAUCCUGAGCGAUUUCUGGACAGCAAUGGAUAUUUUGCCAAGAAAGAAGCUUUGGUUCCUUUUUCCCUAGGGAGAAGACACUGUCUUGGAGAACAGCUGGCUCGGAUGGAAAUGUUCUUGUUUUUCACAGCACUGCUUCAGCAGUUUCAUGUACAUUUUCCACAUGAACUGCUUCCAAAUCUCAAGCCCAGAUUAGGCAUGACAUUGCAACCCCAGCCCUACCUCAUCUGUGCUGAAAGACGCUGAAAGUACAUGGAUGUUUGGAGGAGCAAGGCUGUGUGUUUACCUCUGAAUCUUGUUUCAUCUGUGUGUGUGUUUGAACAAAUUACAUCAUCCUAAAGCCAA